GGUCUCCAAGGAUCUUAACCUGGAGCUCAGACCAGACUGAGCUCUAGGCUUAUCAGCUGACGUCUCAGCGGUGCCCCAGGCAGCCAUGGACGUGGGUCUCUCCAGCCUGCCAGUUGUAUCUCAGGGUUGCAGCAAGACCCUGCGGGGAGCACGCGGCAGGGGUCCGGCCAUCCGGAGGCAGCGGGAGUUCAUGCCGGAAGAGAAGAAGGACACGGUUUACUGGGAGAAGCGGAGGAAGAACAACGAAGCUGCCAAGAGGUCCCGGGAAAAGCGGCGUCUCAAUGACGCGGCCCUCGAGGGCAGGCUAGCCGUGCUGCUGGAGGAAAACGCUCUGCUCAGGGCUGAGCUGUGGACACUGAGGCAUCGCUUUGGCCUUCUGCCCUCCGUCGCUGGCUCCCGGGCCCUGCCCCUGCAGGCCAUGCUAUGGGAGGCCCCCUGGACUGGGGACCCCUGCUCUAGGGCCGAACCCCUCCCCUCCCUCUCUGGCUCCCGUGGCUGCUUUUUGAGGCCAUGCGCCCUGGACACUGGGGUUCCGGGAUGCGGGGGCUGUCUGGUGGCUCACAGGUGGACUGGUCUGGCCACCUCUGGUGCCCCCAAGUGCCCCCAGGACCCCGCGCCCCCUGCCCCCAAGAGAAUGGACAUGGCCUUGCAGGCUGCCCUCCCAGCUGCCUUAUUCAGUUGUCACCUCCUGGAUGGGCAUGGGGGGACCAGACCAGAGCUCAGGCCUUUCUGGAGGCUGUGGUCACCCAUGCCCACUGGUUACCAGGCUUCAGGGCCCUCAGAUGUGUUGCUCACACCCUCUGCUGACCCGAUGGAGCUGCCUCCCGGGGUGGCCUAUCCCGUCCCAGGGAACGACUCUGAGGGUCAGCCCUCCCUGCCCCACAAACUGCGCAUCAAGUCCCAAGCCUCGGGCAGGGUGCCUCCAGGGUGGGCGGAUGGCCGGGGCCCCCUCUGAGGGCUCCCCAGGGGCAGGGCUGGCCCGCAAGGGGAUUUUGGGACUGAACAUGGGUUUGUGCGGGGGAAGAUGAGUGGCUUGCCCCUGACUCAGCUCCCAGCACUGGGCGAGGCCACGGAGGGGGUCCACUUCUCAGUGUCCAGGUCUGGAGGAGGGGACAGGGUUUCAACUUGGAUCAUGCGUGGUUCCCAUCCUGCCUGAAGUAUGUGCUUUGGAUAGUCCCUUUCCCUCCCUCCCUUCCUUCCUCCCUUGCCUUCCCUCCUCCCUCCCUCCUCCCACUCUCCUUCUUUCUUUCUUUCU